AUGAGUGGCACUGGCAACCAAAGCACAAUGAUCUUUGACGGUACUAACAACUUUUGUGCUUGGCGAGCUCGAGUGGAGAACGAGCUGAUGCGACACGGUCUGCUGGGGUACGUGUUGGUAAAGGGCUACUACGGUUGCCAGUCGUUCGACUACAAAGGGCAACUCGUAGAAGCGAAGUAUCCCGAUGGACUUCGUCAAUUUGACGCAGUGAAAGAAGCUGCAGAGGCUAUGCACAUUGUGCAGUGUUCAUUGCACGAGGAUAUCGAGGCUGCUGUUCUCAACAAGAGCGUAUUCGAUGUUUGGAGCAUCCUGCGUGAGUUGUAUGACAGCGGCAAGGAUCCGUCUAUCGCUGAAAAGUAUCGAGUGCUAGAGCACAUAUAUUACGGCGACAAGAAGCGCGAGUCUAUGGACGAGUUUAUAACGCGAUUGGGAAUGGUGGUGCGCCAAUUCAUGCACGUUACGGGUGUUGAGUUGACAGACUCCUAUCUCUCUGCCAUGUUAGAGCGAAAACUGCCCAGGGGGUGGGAAUCUACGGUAGCAUCGUGGCGCGGCAAAAGGCCGUUUAUACCGAUCGAAGAGCUACGAGAGAAAGCUAUUGCUGAGGAGAAACGUCAGCGCAACAGCUCAGCGUCCUCGCAGAAAACACCGCCCGACAAUGUUCACAAUACAUCCCAAUCGGCUCAAUCUUACGAGAACAGUGUACCCAAUAGUUCUCAUGUGCUGCCCUCGGCAAGGACUGUUCGUGAGGAAUUCACAUUUUGUUUCUACUGCUUGAAAGAGAACCACUUCUUCCGAGACUGCACAUAUCUUGACAGAGACAUCAAAACGGGUAACACCCGUAAUAAUCGCAGUCAGUUUUCGUGCCGGGUUACGGAGAAGCGAACGUCGGCGAUGGUACAAGCGCUUGAAGCGUACAUCACCGAACAAACGAAGCGCACAGCGUAUCGAGCGUCCGAGCCUCGACGAGAUACGAAGCGUAAGCGCGAAACCGACCUUAGUCGCUAUGGACCUCAGGGCACUCGCGAUGGAUUCAGCAAAUACCAAGCGCCCCCGGUGCGAUCCGUGCCUCAGCGUUCUCGUAGCGUGCACCCGUUGACGAGCAGGCGUCCAUCUCGAGGUGUGCGAUCGCGAAGCGUUUAUCACGAUGGGAGAUCUGUCAGAUCCUCGAGUUCGUGUCGCGUCAACUCGAGUUUCUCCUUCCCGCCGCGGAAGCAGCAACGGGCUCCCUCUUUUGAGCGCCAUUUGGGAGAGUCACCGUAG